AUGGAGAACCAAGGCCUGAGGGAGAUGAGCCUCAGGCAGGGCCUGCUGCAGGUGUGGACUGUGGGUACUCCUCUGCUCCUACAGAAUAGCUUCGACUCCAAGGACGGGUCGGGAUCUGCGCAUGCGGGCCUCCCGCCAGCUGCGGCUGCUGCCGCCUACUACCCUUAUGAGCCAGCUCUGGGCCAGUACCCCUACGACAGGUACGGGACCAUGGACAGCGGCACGCGGCGCAAGAACGCCACGCGCGAGACCACCAGCACGCUCAAGGCCUGGCUGCAGGAGCACCGCAAGAACCCGUACCCCACCAAGGGCGAGAAGAUCAUGCUGGCCAUCAUCACCAAGAUGACCCUCACCCAGGUAUCCACCUGGUUCGCCAACGCGCGACGGCGCCUCAAGAAGGAGAACAAGAUGACGUGGCCGCCGCGGAACAAAUGCGCAGAGGAGAAGCGGCCCUAUGGGGAGGGCGAGGAGGAGGAGGCCGGGGAGGAGGAGGCGCAGGAGGAGCCCCUCAAGAGCUCCAAAGGCGAAGAGGCUGUCAGCAGAGAGGACAAGGAGCUGGAGCUCAGUGACCUGGAGGACUUCGACCCACUUGAGGCAGAGACCCCAGAGUGUGAGCUGAAGGCACCCUUCCAGCGCCUGGACAGCAGCCUGGAGCGUGGCCCUGCUGCACCUGAAGGCCCUGGCACUGGAGGCAAAGAGGCCUCCGGCCCGCUCCGGGUGCCCUUGCCCACGGAUAGUGGAGCUGCCCUGGAUGAGGACCUGGAGAGGGCCCGGAGCUGCCUCCGGAGCACAGUGGCCAGGGAGGAGCAACAGCCAGGCACAGAGGGUGACCCACAGGCCAAGCUGGGCUUUGCACCUACUGGGACGCCAGGGGGUCUGGAGUCCAAGCCUCGAAUCUGGUCACUGGCCCACACGGCCACUGCCGCAGCAGCCACUGCCCUGAGCCAGACUGAGUUUCCGUCCUGCAUGCUCAAGCGUCAAGCUUCUCUUGCCCCUGCAGCCACAUCCUCCACACCCACCUCAUCCUCCUCUGUGGUCCCGGCACCCCUAGGUGCCCUGGACAGGCACCAGGACUCCCCAGUAACCAGUCUUAGAAACUGGGUGGACGGGGUCUUCCAUGACCCCAUCCUCAGGCACAGCACUUUGAACCAGGCCUGGGCCACCGCCAAGGGUGCCCUCCUGGAUCCUGGGCCUCUGGGACGCUCUCUGGGGGCCAGUGCCAACAUGCUGACAGCGCCCCUGGCCCGCACCUUCCCCUCUGCUGCACCCCAAGAUGCCCCAGCUGCAGGUGCUGCCAGGGAGCUGCUGGCCAUGCCCAAGGCUGGGGGCAAGCCCUUCUGCGCCUGAUGCCACCUGUCCAGCAUGACAGAGAAGGAAACCAGCGCUGGCCCAGAAGACCAGACUCUUUUUUACUGAGUUUCCAAAGGAAGGCCAGAGAGUGGCCAAGCCAAGGCUGCCAACAUACUGGGAAGGAGCACUGGACUCAGUCUCCCCAGGGCCACAGAGAAGCGUGUGCUGUCACCAAGAUCCCCUGGACCCACCUGGUCAUGAGUCUACCAGAGCCAUCCCCCUGAACUACUGAACCCAGCAGGGAGAGCCUCUCACAGCAGAUGGGAGCCUCUCACAGCAGAUGGGAGCACCCUUGAAGCAUCAAGUUUACAUCCAAAGUGUGCAAGGAGAGGGCGUUUGGGCUCCUGGGCUUGUUUUGUGUAGCUGUCUCCGUGGGGUUGGGGGCAUGCCGGUCUUGGUUAUGAAUUCUCAGCCUGCUCAUCUUCUGACUUCAUCCUCAGCACAUAAUGCUCACCAACAGCACUUCCACCAAGUUUACACUGUUGCACAUUCUUGACUCGAUAAAAUUAUGUUUUUUAAAAUGUAUGUUCACACCAAUAAUUGCCUGCUUCAGAGAGAGGCUAAUAAAACCCAGUGAUGGUGUUUGCAU